AUGCCGCGAUUGAGACGGUUCAUCGAGGCCAUGACUCAGUUUGGCCAGGUGAUUGAAGUUUUUGUCAACGCCAAUGACUUCGUUUGCUUCAUCUGGGUCGCAAAGACCCAUCUUGACACAUUUGAUAAGCUUCUCGACGCAUACGCACAGAUUGGCGAUGCUAUACCCGGUCUUUCGGUGUAUAAAGGCGUAUUUGAUCAGCAUGAAACUCUUAAAGUGGUUAUGCAAGAUUACUUCUCUGACAUCCUACGAUUCCAUGAGGAGGCGAUCAAAAUCUUCGCACGUUCAAGGAAGUCAACAUUAGUCUCCCUCAUAGUCCGAAGACUCUUAGAGACCUAUGUCGAACAGAAGACGCCGCAUUCUGUAGCGUAUUUCUACUUCAAGCACAUGAAGUCAGAGAAGAACAACCAUCAGAGCUUUCUUCGAGCUAUUCUCAGCCAGCUUAUUAGCCAAGACGCCAUGGUGUUACAAGAGGUUUCGGCAGAACUACAAUACGAGUCUGACGAGAACUUUCAGUCGCAGUCAAACCUUGAAGCCCUCACCAAAACGGCUCUUGAAGGAUAUGGUGUUUCAUUUCUUGUCCUCGAUGGGCUGGAUGAAUGGUAA